CAGCACCCAACUCUCCCUCCAUCCCUCCUUCCCCCCACCCCACCAAACAAACGGACAAACAUCACUAUGGCCCUCCCUAUCGCCGCCACAGAAUCGACAAUAACCACAAAAAACUUGACCCGCCUCCUCUCCCGCCUCGACUCAAAACUCGCAUCCCGAAAAGCCGCGCCCCUCUCCACGGUCGACCGCGCAAAGUUCGCCGCGAACCUUGAGUACGCCCGACAACUCCUCCUCUCGCUGGAAAGCGAACCAUCACUCAUUCGGAAUGCGUCCACGCGGCAGAGCGUGCUUUCUGGACUGGGCGUCCAGAAGCAAGCUAUUCGAAGGCUGAACGAGCAGUUGCUUGUUAUGGCUGCUGAGGGGGAGGAGGAAGGAGGGGGCUCUACUGAUGACGACAGCGAUGGGGAGGAGGAAGAAGAGGUAAAAGAGGUAUCCGCGCUCCCAGCGCAAGUAAACGGCGGAGAACGCCCACAGCAGUCGGAAAGCAUCCCUGCGCCCGCAACAACCACAACCUCUACCCUCCGAAAUCGCUUCCAACAACCAACCACCACCCCCACCAACCAUCACCAGCGCGAGCAACUCUUCCCUCCCCGCCCCGACCCAACCGCAGCAGCCACCGACACCAACACCGACACCGAGAAGCACCUCGACCACCAACGCGCCGAGCAGGAGCACAUAACCGCAGAUAUGCUCUCGCUCGCUCAGGCGCUCAAGCAGUCCUCCCUGCGCUUCGGCAGCGAGUUGGAGAACGAGAAGGUGUUGCUGGACAUGGCGCGGGAAGGGCUCGACAAGAAUGCCUUGGGGAUCGAAGGCACCGGGAUGAAGUUGAAGGCGCUAAGGCAGGAUGAGAGUGUGGGGUUUUUGUGGUCGAUUCUGUAUCCUGUCAUUAUUGUCGGGUUGGCUUUCAUGGUGCUCUUUGUACUAUUUUUUGCGCCCAAGUUGAGGUGGUGGUAGGAGGCUCUGGAAGAAUAGAGGGGGCUGUGAGGUUACAAGGUAAUGGGUGUACGAUGAGAUUAUGAUGGAUGAGGUUGUUGUAAUACAGUACCGGUUCGUUGGCUGGUUGGAUAGGUUUACUGGGCUUUGCACGAAUAUACUUCAGAUUUCUUCUGUGAAC